AUGCCUGAACCCGCCAAGUCGGCUCCGGCCCCGAAAAAGGGCUCCAAGAAGGCGGUGACCAAGGCGCAGAAGAAGGACGGCAAGAAGCGCAAGCGCAGCCGCAAGGAGAGCUACUCGGUGUACGUGUACAAGGUGCACCCCGACACCGGCAUCUCGUCCAAGGCCAUGGGCAUCAUGAACUCGUUCGUCAACGACAUCUUCGAGCGCAUCGCGGGCGAGGCGUCCCGCCUGGCGCAUUACAACAAGCGCUCGACCAUCACGUCCCGGGAGAUCCAGACGGCCGUGCGCCUGCUGCUGCCCGGGGAGCUGGCCAAGCACGCCGUGUCCGAGGGCACCAAGGCCGUCACCAAGUACACCAGCUCCAAGUGA